AGUCACUGAUUCUCUUCCGGGUCAAGCUUGUAUAUGGCUCGCUGGGUGAAGUUGGUCGUGUGGAAAAAUACAUACAUCAACAAUCUACCAAUAUUUGAGCCGUCGUUCUGAUUCUCGUAGCUUUAAUCUGUCAUGUAGUUCAUUGCGCGACAGUCUGUUCUUUCGCAAGAAACUGGUAUUUUGGUGGACGCAUCGUCUAGCUGUGUGUGGAAACCGUUUUGCGGGGAAACAAUGUCACGUCCGCGUUCGAGAUCUCCCUUGUUUUCAAGAAUUCCAACUCUUCAUGGGAGGAGAACGGAAGGAUUAUAUGAUAACCAGAUACAUUCAUCGGUACAGUCUGAUGCGUGGAGAAACCCUGAAUAUGUCAACAAAGUAGAAAGUAGCACACAUUGGCACAAAGAUUCCUAUCAAGGAGAGAAACAUAUUGACCACUGGGCCAAUUUUAUUGAUGCAAUAGAACAUGCUCAAAAAAGAGGGGCUUCACCUAUGACCAGAUACCACAUGCAGGGUGAUGAAGAAAGGUCGCCGCAUUCUCCAAGGAGGCUGCCUAGGGAAAGGUUACCUUCACCUGAUCACACACAUUUUGGUGUUGAAGAGCGCUACAGGAUGCCAUCACCAGGCUGGAGCAAGAAUGAAGGCGUUGAUAAGGAGCUCAGUUCACAACAUAACCACAGAGAAUCCAGGGACAGGCCAUAUCAAAGACAUGCCGAAGGAAGAAGACAGGACAGAAUGGAUUAUGGAUAUCAUAAUGAAGAAUAUGGCGGUCAAUAUCAAGAAAGGGGCUCCUUUUCAGAGAGGUCAUCAAAGUCAGAUUAUAGGGAGCAACACCCUCCUUCUGAAGGAUUUACUACAGAUUUUGGUCUGCAGGAUAAAUUUGUUGACCAUCACAGGGGCUUCAGUCCGCGUCGUGCACCUGUCAUUGUGGAACACGAUCAUGGAAUUUCAAAACAAGACUCAAGGAGCCGCGAUCCCCCCAAAACGAGUGGCAAUCUGAGGAGCAGAGACCCACCUAGGACAAGUGAAACCCAGAGGAGUCGAGAUCGAAGAGACCAAGCCUUUCAAACUCGUACCAUACAAGAUCGACAUGGCGGACGACCAAAUAGUAACCCCCAAGAGGAAUCAAGAAAGAACUACUUUUCUUAUGAAAGAGAAUCUCAAGGAAGAGAGCGUGCAAGACACAUAAAUCAACCUAAAAUGGAGUCGCAUUCAAGAGACUCAGAAGCACGAAGGGAAAUGGAUUUGAUGGAUGUUGAUUUGAGGAACAGAGAAAGAGAACCUGUCGCUGAUUGGGAGGAAGAGAGAUCACAAAGGAAUCGUGGAAGGAUGAUGGGGCAAGGAGUGGUUCAUCAAAGGGCUGAGUAUCACAGGACGCCAAACACUAAUGUUCCUGCAACUAGAAUGGAUUUCAGUGAACAGGAGACCCUCAAGAUCAAGGUGGACAUGAGUCGCGCCGUUGGGCAAAGCAGUCAUUUAGGAUAUUCUUCAGAUAGACAGUUAUCUCUUGACUUAGUCAACGUGGGUCGACAACGCCUUGAUUUCCUUCCUCUGCUGGAGCAUUCUGGAACUUACAGGGAAUCAGCAGUGCAUUCUGGGACAUUUGCCCAAGAGAUCAUCACCCUUGUGCACCAAGUUAAAGAAAAUUUCUUUAGGGGCCAAGGCAUCACACUUAAUGAACGUUUUGCAAAUGAACAGUAUUAUUCACUCCAAGAUGAGUUUAAGGAGGAAGAAGAAGAUCAGGAGGAGGAGAUGAGAAACAUGACACCAGCCAUGAAUAGGCAACACAGAAUGCCUUCAUCAGAAACUCAGAUCUUCUGCAACAUAGGGCCGGAUCCACUUCAGAGACGACAGCUUGUCCCCGACCCUGGUGACCUCAGGUAUGACCUGGAGCGAAGAAGACAACAGCGUGUUGAGGGUGUGAAGAUUACCAUUGCUGGGGGAAACUUUAUUCCAGCAGCUCCUGAGGGUCAAGAGAGUGAGCCUCACUAUCUGAGUGAUGAUCCUGAAGAAGCGGAUGAGAACUUUAGGUGGUCGGAGCAAGACCAUAAGCAUCAGAGUCAGUGGGAUGGUCCCCGUCAAAGAAUGCCAGUUCCUAAAAGACAGAACUUAAACCAGCAGGCGAAGUUUCGGAAUCGGAAAAGCAGACCACGUGGACGAAGGACUUGAAAUAGUGGUGGCAGUGCGGGAGAAGAAAGUCAACAAUUCAAAUCCGAGGACACUUGUGCACAUCUAUGUUUUUGUUGUUUCCAUUUUGAUAUCAGAACCACUAAAACCUUGAUUUAAGGUCAACUGCUUCUCCACAUUUGGUGGAUAUUUUUCAUCAAUUUUUUUAUUCCCAUUACCAUUUUUUUGAUUCAAGGAAACCCCUUGUAAAGAUUAUUUGAUUUGAAGAUGGAAACAAAUAAAAUAGGAAAGCUCAUAGGGCAUGUUAAAGUGAUAGUUUAAGUAUCACCUUGCCCUCUUCUUAUUAAUACUAUAACAUUAUUCUUCAUUGUUAACUGCAGUUUAGUUUUUGGUUUGAUAUUCCACAAUAUUUUCAAGACAUUAAUUACAAUGUUAUACAAUAUGCAAAUUUAAUUGGUAAUUUUACAUUUCAUAACAGUAUGCAACACAUGGAUGGUUUUGCUUUUAUACUAAAAUACUGACUUUUUGUCAUACCCUCAAGUGACAAAAUUAUGUCAUAUUUGAUGUAUCCUGCUGUGUAAACAAAGUAGCAAAUAAAAUGCUGUGUAAAUAAAA